GGCAACCCCCGCCCUGCACUGAGGGAGUAGUCUGGACCCGUCUCCCCUGGGUGUUCCCCGCAAAGUUUGCCUAAUAUUUCCCACCAAAGUUGAAAUCAGUGCAUUUUUAUUUUUGUCGCUAAAUCUACGGAACUUAUCGGCGAUGUUGGGGGUAGCAGGGAUGCCGGGCAGUAUCGCCAACGCCCUUGCCUCUGCAAACUGUGAGCGGUGUAAGAGUGGUUUUGCUGCGACAGAGAAGAUCGUCAACAGCAACGGAGAGCUUUACCAUGAGCAGUGCUUUGUCUGCGCCCAGUGUUUCCAGCAGUUUCCUGAUGGACUCUUUUAUGAGUUUGAAGGAAGGAAAUAUUGUGAGCAUGAUUUCCAGAUGCUGUUUGCCCCGUGCUGUCACCAGUGUGGGGAGUUCAUCAUCGGGCGCGUCAUAAAGGCCAUGAACAACAGCUGGCACCCCGACUGCUUCUGCUGCGACAUUUGCCAGGCUGUCCUCGCCGACGUGGGCUUUGUCAAGAACGCCGGCAGGCAUCUGUGUCGCCCAUGCCAUAACCGCGAAAAAGCUCGAGGUUUGGGCAAAUACAUCUGCCAAAAGUGCCAUGCCAUCAUCGAAGAGCAGCCGCUGAUUUUUAAGAACGACCCUUAUCACCCAGACCACUUCAACUGCAGCAACUGUGGUAAAGAGCUGACAGCAGAUGCGCGCGAGCUGAAAGGAGAGCUCUACUGUCUGCCCUGUCAUGACAAAAUGGGUGUCCCAAUCUGCGGAGCGUGCAGACGGCCCAUUGAGGGGCGGGUCGUUAACGCCAUGGGCAAGCAGUGGCACGUCGAGCAUUUUGUGUGCGCCAAGUGUGAGAAGCCCUUCCUCGGACAUCGCCAUUAUGAACGUAAAGGACUGGCUUACUGCGAGACUCACUACAACCAGCUUUUUGGAGACGUGUGCUAUCAUUGCAACCGUGUGAUUGAGGGCGAUGUGGUCUCUGCUCUGAACAAGGCUUGGUGUGUCAGCUGCUUCUCCUGCUCGACCUGUAACGCCAAACUCACUCUCAAGAACAAAUUUGUUGAGUUUGAUAUGAAGCCGGUGUGUAAAAAAUGUUAUGAGAAGUUUCCUCUGGAGCUGAAGAAGAGACUCAAGAAACUGGCUGAGUCUUUAGGACGCAAGUGAAACGGUCCAAGUCCUGCCAACCUUAUAUCUGUCCUAUCCAUUUCAUUCUACUGCAACGUUGCCUUAAAACUGCAAAGAUACACUGUGUAAACCCAGAAGAGACUCGAGAAACUAGCCAAACAAUUUUUAUAUGAUUUAGCUUUUUAUAUGCAUUCCUAAAUUUGAUUAUCUCCUUCAAUAUUUUUUAUGAUUGUUCUGUGUCUGUUCCCUUGUGCCUUGAUUAUAUCAUACAGGUGCUUCUCAGUAGGUUGCAUUAUAAUGAUGUAAUUAAAAUAAUGCCAAAUAUAUUGAUAUCUGUGUUUUUAUACAGAUUGAUAUCAGUCUGGUCCCCACGUCCUCUGUUGGGUCUCAAGCCUGGUCAAACAUGAUCGUCCAAUCAGAUCUGUUUUUUUCAGUGACGUAUGUGAAACCAAGGAGCUUAUUGGUCACCUGUGAUUUACAUGUAAAAUCCAAUUUCUCUCACCUCAGAUUAAGAGUUUAGAGCUUCACUCAUUGAUUCUGCAGAAAUCCAGGCUUGUGAGUGGCUUCAUUAAGAUACGUUGAAUGCCAUACUGUGAAACAUUCCAGGCAAAGCACUAAUGGAAAUGAGCAGAUGGUGUAUUCUACGAGAAAAAUGGUUUUAUAUUUUGUGUUAUAUUUUAGUAGUAUAUUUUAAAUUUAUAACUUACAUCGGUAAUGCAAUUUAUUGAGCUGCAUCUUAACUAAACUGGCCUUAACGUAUUAAGCUAUCAAUCAUACAAUACCUACUAAUGGAUCAUUAAAGGGCCCAUAUUACACUAUUUUCUGAUCUAUAUUAUAAUGUUGUUUUCUCAUCACAAACAUACCAGUUCUGUUUUGUUUCAUUCACACAUGUUUAACACACAGACUCUGCUGUGCUGCUAUUUAUGCUGAGUUCUUCUCUCAAAACGGAAAACACUAUGCUCCACCUUAUGAUGUCAUGUGGUACUGGAAGUGCUCUACUGUAUUUUUAAACUCCAUACAACUUCGCUACAAUCAUUUGGAUUAUUUAAGACCUGAAUUUACCAAUGUCUUGUAAACAAAAGGCAAAAGGUAGCUGUUAACUUGAAAACUACCACUUCAUGACAUCACAAGGUGGAACAGAACAUUUUGAGUUUUGGAGAUGUAGACAGACUAAUAAGAAACAGUUACUCAAAUAUGUGUGAAUGAAACAAAACAUAACUCUCGGUAUGUUUUUGAGAAGGCAACAAUACAACAUAGCUCAAAGCUCACAAAAGUCAACUGUGAGUAAUAUAGGACCUUUACGUAAGCGAUUCCCUUUUUUAUUAUAUUAAAACAUUUCUGGUUGAUGAGAAAUUAUUGUCCUAUAUGUACUCUGUCCAGGUUUUUGUAUGUGUGAAAAUAUAUUGAUGUUAUACUGUAGUUGCUUGGGGCUCAUUUGCCAGUAUUUUUAGCCUUUUAUUCAACUUCCAUGGGACAGAGUUCAAAGUUAUUCAGAUGAGCCGAAUAUUUCACAUAGAAGUCUUUGAAGUUAAGCUAUAAUGAGUCAGCAUGUAGCUUGGGGCGGCAUGGUACACAGAUAUUAAGUAAAGUUAUAUAUACAGUCUAUAAGCAUUUUUUUAUGGUACCUACAUUUCUCUGUUUAUUGUCUGUGAUGCAAAAAAAACAGCAUUUAACAAUAAUGUAACCAAAAGCUUUACGCAAUAAAAACAAUUUUAGUAA